GUGUGUGAGUGCGCGGGGACGCGCGCGGGGGCGCGCGCGCGGGCCCGGGAGAGGUUCCCGAGCUAGGCGGUCCUCGGUCCUCGCGGCGCUUCCAGCUCCCCGCGCCCCUAUGUGAGGGAGACGGGGAGGCCCGCGGCGCGCCGGGGAGGGCGAGGCAUGUGCACGGGCCGGAGGGUGCUGCAGCCGCCCGAAGAAGAGGAGGACGGCGGCGAGGAGGAGAGCGGGGGGCUCGCGGCGGCGGGCCCGGGCCGAGGGGAUGCAGUGGACUGUGUGUGUCUGGCUGUAGCAGACGCGAGGCGGCGACGAGGCGCCGGGGACCCGCGCGAGGGGCGGCCGGGAGGCGGCGGCGGCGGCGGCCGCCAGAAGUAGCAGGACCGGCGGCGGCGACGGCAGCCCUGAAAUGCAUUUUUCUCUCCAGCGGCCAUGUUAACCAGGAAACCUUCGGCCGCCGCUCCCGCCGCCUACCCGACCGGCCGAGGUGGGGACAGCGCCGUUCGUCAGCUUCAGGCUUCCCCGGGGCUCGGUGCGGGGGCCACCCGGAGCGGAGUGGGGACCGGCCCGCCCUCCCCCAUCGCCCUGCCGCCUCUCCGGGCCAGCAACGCUGCCGCCGCAGCCCACACGAUUGGCGGCAGUAAGCACACAAUGAAUGAUCACCUCCAUGUCGGCAGCCACGCUCACGGACAGAUCCAGGUUCAACAGCUGUUUGAGGAUAACAGUAACAAGCGGACAGUGCUUACGACACAACCAAAUGGGCUUACAACAGUGGGCAAAACGGGCUUGCCAGUGGUGCCAGAGCGGCAGCUGGACAGUAUUCAUAGACGGCAGGGGAGCUCCACCUCUCUAAAGUCCAUGGAAGGCAUGGGGAAGGUGAAAGCCACCCCCAUGACACCUGAACAAGCAAUGAAGCAAUACAUGCAAAAACUCACAGCCUUCGAACACCAUGAGAUUUUCAGCUACCCUGAAAUAUAUUUCUUGGGUCUAAAUGCUAAGAAGCGCCAGGGCAUGACAGGUGGGCCCAACAAUGGUGGCUAUGAUGAUGACCAGGGAUCAUAUGUGCAGGUGCCCCACGAUCACGUGGCUUACAGGUAUGAGGUCCUCAAGGUCAUUGGGAAGGGGAGCUUUGGGCAGGUGGUCAAGGCCUAUGAUCACAAAGUCCACCAGCACGUGGCCCUAAAGAUGGUGCGGAAUGAGAAGCGCUUCCACCGGCAAGCAGCGGAGGAGAUCCGAAUCCUGGAACACCUGCGGAAGCAGGACAAGGAUAACACAAUGAAUGUCAUCCAUAUGCUGGAGAAUUUCACCUUCCGCAACCACAUCUGCAUGACGUUUGAGCUGCUGAGCAUGAACCUCUAUGAGCUCAUCAAGAAGAAUAAAUUCCAGGGCUUCAGCCUGCCUUUGGUUCGCAAGUUUGCCCACUCGAUUCUGCAGUGCUUGGAUGCUUUGCACAAAAACAGAAUAAUUCACUGUGACCUUAAGCCCGAGAACAUUUUGUUAAAGCAGCAGGGUAGAAGCGGUAUUAAAGUAAUUGAUUUUGGCUCCAGUUGUUACGAGCAUCAGCGUGUCUACACGUACAUCCAGUCGCGUUUUUACCGGGCUCCAGAAGUGAUCCUUGGGGCUAGGUAUGGCAUGCCCAUUGAUAUGUGGAGCCUGGGCUGCAUUUUAGCAGAGCUCCUGACGGGUUACCCGCUCUUGCCUGGGGAAGAUGAAGGGGACCAGCUGGCCUGUAUGAUUGAACUGUUGGGCAUGCCCUCACAGAAACUGCUGGAUGCAUCCAAACGAGCCAAAAAUUUUGUGAGCUCCAAGGGUUAUCCCCGUUACUGCACUGUCACGACUCUCUCAGAUGGCUCUGUGGUCCUCAACGGAGGCCGUUCCCGGAGGGGGAAACUGAGGGGCCCACCGGAGAGCAGAGAGUGGGGGAACGCGCUGAAGGGGUGUGACGAUCCCCUUUUCCUUGACUUCUUAAAACAGUGUUUAGAGUGGGAUCCUGCAGUGCGCAUGACCCCAGGCCAGGCUUUGCGGCACCCCUGGCUGAGGAGGCGGUUGCCAAAGCCUCCCACUGGGGAGAAAACGUCAGUGAAAAGGAUAACUGAGAGCACUGGUGCUAUCACAUCCAUAUCCAAGUUACCUCCACCUUCCAGCUCAGCUUCCAAACUGAGGACUAAUUUGGCGCAGAUGACAGAUGCCAAUGGGAAUAUUCAGCAGAGGACAGUGUUGCCAAAACUCGUUAGCUGAGCUCAUGUCCCCUGAUGCUGGUAACCUGAAAGAUACGACAUUGCUGAGCCUUAUUGGGUUGAAAAGGAGUAGCUCAGACCUGUUUUUAUUUGCUCAAUAACUACUCAUUUGUAUCUUUUCAGCACUUAAUUUUAAUGUAAGAAAGUUCUUCAUUUUGUUUUUAUAAAAUACAUGAGGACAAUGCUUUAAGUUUUUAUACUUUCAGAAACUUUUUGUGUUCUAAAAGUACAAUGAGCCUUACUGUAUUUAGCGUGGCAGAAUAAUAACAUCAGUGGCAGGCCACUGAUUACUUCAUGACUGCCACGCAUUUACAGAUUGGUGUCAAAGACAUUCACUAUGUUUUUGUGGUUCAUGUUAUAUCCUCCCCAGGGUGACAGCCCCUUAAGGCCCUCCUUUUCCCUCCAUGCUCCAGGUCCAUGCACAAGUGUAGCAUGUACUGCUUCCGUUUUUCAUAAAUUAAUCUGGGUGUCGGGGGUAGUGGGAGGAGAACGAUCAGAAUGAAAGUGAUAUUCUAAGAAAAACUGUACCUUAGAGAUUUUUCUCUAGUGCUCAAAUACAAAAUAAGAUCCCCAAGGUUUAAACCGCCCAGUUAGCAUUCUGAUAUUCUAAAAGCUGGCAAAGCAGCUUUUAGUGGGUAAAUGGAAAUGGAAACGUGUGUGUUCCUCCAAAUUUUCUAGUAUGAUCGGUGAGCUGUUUUGUAAAGAAGCCUCAUAUUACAGAGUUGCUUUUGCACCUAAAUUUAGAAUUAUAUUCCAUGAACUGUUCCUCCCUUUUCUCCGCUUUUCUCCUCUCUGUUCCUCUUUUAAUACCACACAUCUGUUGCUUGCAUUUAGUUUGUCUUCUUCCUUCAACUGUGUAUCCCAGACUGUUAAUAUGGAAAAGAGACAUUUCAGCUGUGAUUAUGACCAUUGUUUCAUAUUCCAAUUAAAAAAACAGCAGCCUAGCUACUUAAGGUGGGGAUUUCCAUAGUUCCAAAGAAGAUUUAGCAGAUUAGAGUGAGUUCACACUUUUCAGGUGCCACUGUAAGGUUCUCUCAGCCUGGGAAACUAUCAACUCUUUCUUUAAAAAGAAAGAGGGUUGAAAAUCCUCUUGAUGAACAGAAGUCACUUUGGCUGUUCAGUAAGGCCAAUGUUAACAACACGUUUAGAGGAGGAAAAGUUCAACCUCAAGUUAAAUGGUUUGACUUAUUCUUCGUAUCAUUAGAAGAACCCCAGAGAUAGCAUUCCUCUAUUUUAUUUUACUUUCUUUUGGAUUGCACUGAUUGUUUUUGUGGGAAUGACACUUUAUCUGGCAAAGUAACUGAGAGUUUGGUAAAAGAAUAUUUUCUUCUCUGAAUAAUAAUUAUUUUCACAGUGAAAAUUUCAGUAUUUUAUCACUAAUGUAUGAGCAAUGAUCUAUAUCAAUUUCAAGGCACGUGAAAAAAAUUUUUUAGUAUGUGCAAUUAAAUAUAGAAAGAUUUCUGCCUGUUUGGACAAUAGGUUUUGGGUAGUACAGAUUAGGAUAAGUAAGCUUAUAUAUGCACAGAGAUUAUCAUAUUACCUGUAAAUUGAUGUACAAGUACUUAAAAGCAUGGUCCCCAGUGAGGCCAAGAAAGUUUCCAGUUAAGUUCUUUAAUAAUAAUCCUACAGUUUAUCUUAAGAAAAAAAAAAAGGUUUGAAAAAAACACUUUAAUUUAGGCUUCGUUGGUUGAUGGUGGAAAAAAAAUGCUCAGGAAAUAUUUCAGAUAUUUGCCAAAAAACCAGGAAUAAGGUUAGCUUAUUAAAAUAGUGAUAGAUAUUUGCUUUACUAUUUAAGGUGUCACUGAUAAAUUAAUUUGUACUUCGGUCUGUGUUUAGAAAUUAUAGCUUCUUUUCCCUUAGUCAAAUUCUUUAGCAUAUUAUACACAUUUCUGUGUAAUCUGUGGAAGUGCAAUAAUGUUAGUUACAUUUUAAAUAAUGCUCAUGUGACAAUACUCCCAAUCAAUGGCUUAUAGAAUUUAAAGAUCUGUGUAUUAGAUUUUGGCUUAAAGGCAUGAGAAGUAUAAGACUUGGUUUGGUGGCUUUGUAAGACCACCAGCCUCUUAAUGAUGGUUAGCUUCUUUAGGUCAUUAAAUCAAUAAAAACAUAUAAUGCUGUUUUCCUCUUCUAAUGCUCCUCUUCCAUUUCCAGUUAUCUUCACAUUUACAUUUAAAUAUACAAACCUGAGCCUGCUAUUAUUAAUUUCCCUAUAAAAAGAUGAUACAUGUGAAAAUUUAUAAAUGGACUAAUACUGCUUGUCUUUCCCGCACCGCACAAAACUGGUUCUUAAGAUGCCAGCAAUGAAUUUGGGACUAUAUUUAUAAAUGGAAACCGGAAACUUUUAUACCAAACUGUAAUAAUGUGCAGCACUGUGGGGCUUUUUUUUUUCCCCCAAAUACAGUGAAAUUUUUUUAUUCACAAGAGCUGCCACAUUUCAGCAUUUAGUGAUAGAGCUGCUUUAAUAAAAUUCUAGUUUGAUUGUCAUGUCAAAAAAAGAAAAAUGUUACAUCUUUUGUGAUUUUAAAACAUAAAUUAAUGAAGGGCUCUGAUAGGCUAUUAGGAGUUGGCUUGGAAACAGUUUUUGGUCUCACAGGUUACCAUUGUCUGGGGAUGUCUGAGCUGUUUUCAGAUUUAGGAAUAGCACAGUGUUGUCUUGUCUUUGGCAGUCUCAUUUGGCUGUUUCUUGCACCACCAGUGUGUUCAUUACCACUUAAAUAUAUUGCUACAGCAGUGGAACAACAGAGUGGUGCAAGACACUGUAGAUUAACAGUAGAGGAGAAAUUGUGCCCUUAGUGUUAACAAUGUGCCUUUUGUUCUGAAUGCCAUGUUGUAGGGCAUGCAUUUUUUGGCCUCUUUAACUCUUUGAAUACUAGUCAGUAAGGAUGGAACCCAUCUCUGCAAAGAUACAUCUGUCUUAAAUAUCUAGUUACAGGCCUUAAUAGAAUCCAUAAGGCAUGACUCAUCUUCAGGCACUGAAAAAAGAUAACCAUCAGGUAGUGUUACACAGGGACUUCCUAUGUUUAAGGGGUUAAAGAUGGUCUUUGUUGUAUCUUAACAUCAGACUGAUUUUUACAUUUUUUUUGUUAUGCUAACACUAGACAAAAAUCAACUGUAUUUGUAAAAAUUUACCUCAAACCAUUUAAUUUUAUAGUGUGAUUAAUCCCAGGGCAUUUGGUAUGAACCAAAGUGCAUUCCUUUUAUAUGUGCCUGGCUCUAGUAAGGAUGGCCAGGGAUUUUUACAAUUUGGGUGCAAGGCACUUAAGCCACUUUUAAACUUAAUGGGUGGUUUGGGGUCGUGUUAAAUGACUCCAUUAGAAUGUUAGAAAACACUUUAGGCAUCAGUAGCAUUGGGCCAUAUUGGAAUCCUAAAGUGUGAAUUAUUUUAAGGAGAGCAUUCAUUUUUGUAAUUUUUUUCAUCAAAAAUAUUUCUGGUAAGCAGAAGACUUUUUAAAAAAACUGAUCUGGUCUCGGUAAAGGUUUUAACAUUGCCCAACAUAAUGCUGUAAUAGCAUUUAAAAAAGUAUUUGUGAACUCUUUGUUUCUUAGGGGCUUGUACAUCUCUCUGCUAUGGACAUAUACAAAAUUAAUUGUAAUUAUACUCAGCUCAACUGCUACAGUUAUGUCUAGGCAGUGGCUUGGAUUUUUAUCGAGCAACAACUUAGACACGUGACUGUAAUAUGCUGCAACUGUGUGUACUGAAAAUAUGUGAAAAUGGUUGAAUGUGGACUGUGUAUAUAUGUAUGUAAAAAUUUCUGUGAGAUGCUGCUGUCGCCACUUAACAUUAAAUAUGUUCUAGUGGAUUUUAAUCCUAGUGGCCAGUUCUAUGAUACUGUAUGUAUUAUACAGCUGAUGACAGGAGUAAGACUGUUUAGUGAAUAUUUGUUAAAUUUUAUUGUUGUGGCCAGAGAUAAUUUCAGAAUAAAAUUUUAAUGUCCUACCUUACUUUUCUCCCCUUUCUAACUAUAAUUUAACUCCUGAUCUAUUUCUGGUAUUAUCCUUUGUCAGUUAGCCUGGAGAGGGUUUAGAAUGCAAAAUGGAUAGCUCUAUAUCAGGGUCUUGAGAAGUUAAAAUAAUUCAUUCUACUAGUUUGUUCAUAGCAAUACUUUAUUAGUUCAAUAUAAGUAUGCGGAUUCCAAGUGGAAAAACAAAGGUUUUAGUAAGUAGCUCUUGCUUUUCCUAGGGUAUUCUAUUCCUUUACCUGUCAGAUUUUUGUGUUAACUUUUUUAUAUAUAGCCUCUGCUGUGUUCUUUAUUAUGCUAGAGCUUCUUAUCUUCUUUUAUUUUAACCUUCACGAUGAUAGUUAAGCUGGGGGAGCAGAACCUGUCAAUUAUUCCCCACCAGUCUUCAUUCUUUUCUCUGCACAAGUUCUGGUAAAUUAUUCUAAUGUGCUCUAACCAGUUCCACCCAAUGUUUUUUAAUGAUUAUGAGUUUGCAGUUUUUGUGCCUGGUGGUCUCUGUGGUUCACAUUUUUUUGUGUUGUAGUGUCUCCUGCCUUGGUUGGCUCAGAAAAUAAGGCCUAGGAACUGCAGUUAGCUCAUGAUUUGUCAAGUUCAGUUAAUACCAAGCUAAGAGUUUACUUACAGAUGACAGCAAGCAGAUGCUCUAGUAAUUCGUCAGACAUUGCAGGGAUAUUGUGUAGUCAAAUAUUUCCCUCUUGUGGAAAGAACUACCUCACAUUAUUAUUUAUUUCCCUUCUGUUACCAACAGCCAAGGAAUUACUUAGUGUGGCUUCCUGCAUCAAUACUGGGAUAUGCUGAAACAAGGGAAUGCUAUAAGAGUUCCCAAAUGCCUUGUCAUGGCCUGGGCCAUAGAUUUUUGUUACUGCUAAUCUUGCUUCUUAAAGUUCACACCCAGUGCAAAAAACCCAACCAGCACAGCACACUAACCCCAAAAUCCAAUAUAUUUAGAAAUGUAAGUGUUAAGAAAUGUACAUUAUGUACAGAAUUGAAAAUUGGUGCUAAAGUGGCAAUGUCAAUUUAAAAUUUAUUGUCCAGAUCUGACUGACUGACUGACCCAGUCAGGAGAUUAUAGUUCCUACUCAUUCUCUUUCCUUUUAUCAGAUCUUUCAAAAGCUCUUUUUAAAAUUGAUCAAUGUGCUAUUCUGUUUGAGUCUCUACAGUCCUAUCCCUUUUGGAAUCAACAGCUACACAAAUAAAUAUUCUUGGAACUUCAAAGUUGCCUUCAAACUAGCUCUAGAAAAUGUCCCUAGUUGACAUUGGUGUUGGUCUGUUAGAAGGGGAAAUUGAUUUGACUACUUUGUGUUUUGAAAAGAGCAUUAAGAGGGAUUUGAGGAACGUAUUUGUAGCUUUCUUUUUUUUCUUAGGUUUGAAUUACACUUCAUUUCCUUUGGGUUAUUAGGCAAAUAAAUGCUUGUCAUUAGUAAUACUUAGCACUGUCCAAAAUGAAAAAUGACUGCCAGUGUGUUGCACAUACAUAAGAAAAUUGCAUCUUACUGCGAAGUCUUUGGUUUGUUUCCUUAUUUGGUUUGACUUUGACUUACUAUUCUGCUAUGGUCACAUCCUUAAUAUCUGUGGUAAAUUUCCUAUAUGUAUGGGGUGGGAGCAUAAUUGCCAUUCCCAUGUGUCUCAAGGAAGCUUAAUGAGGAAAUAUAAUGAGUUAAUACUAACUCUUCUGAAGAAAGCUGACAUUUUAGGAGUAUUAAGUCAUCUGUCAUAAGGAGCAGCAAGAAUAUAUUAUGAUUGUAUCACAUGUUCCAGAGAGCAUUACCCCUUACAUAGAAAGCUCCUUAGAGAUUUCAUGGUGUUGGAUGAACAUCAGUUUAUCCUUAUACAUCCCUGUGAGCUAUAAUUAUCCUCAUUUGAUAUUUGAGGAAACUGAAGUGACUUGCUCCAAAGUGACUUUACAGAAACAUUGCAGUUUGAGGCUUAGGUUAUAAUCAGAUAAUUUUGGUCUUGGACAGUAAGGGAAAAUCCAUAAUACACAACACACAAAAAUUUAGAAAGCGAGGGAAGUUGAGCUAGCAAUGGGCAUUUCUAUUUAAGUUCCAUCAGUUUCCAGGAAUAUUUUUCAAAUGGGACAAACUAAAAAGUUGAGGACUAGAGCAUCGUAGUCUCUAAGUGCACCUAAUAACUUAAUGCAUGUGCACACACCCUCAGUUAAUUUGUAAGAGAGUGACUUCUCAUUGUUAUUUGUGGAGAGGCUAAUUACAAUAGCUUCAUUCUUUAUUUUCUGUGUUCUUAAAUUUUUUUUUACAUUUGAAAGUAUGAAAAUACUAUUUUUGACACUUUACUGAUUCUCAGGGAUUAUAAGUUAAAUUUUACUGACUGUAGCAGCAGGUAAAUCUCUUAAAUUUACUCAGGUUUCCUAUCCUUUGCCUCCAUAUUUAAGAAAAUAAAGAAUGCCUGCCAGGGAAAUAUAUAAAAAUAAAAAUUUCAAAUACAAUUUUAAAACACCAAUUUGUAAAUAAACCAAUUUUACAAACUAAAA